AUGCUGGGCCGCGAAUCUCUCAUCAGGCUAGGCGUUGGAAAGCGCAUGCCGCUAAUGAUUCUCCAACAACAACGUGGGCUCAUGUCUCGAGCAGCAAAGCAAAUCAAAGAGAAGGUACCGGGGAGCGCAGCCACCCGGAUGUUCCCCAAGUUUAUGGCAAAAUACGCUGCAAAAAUCGGCGGGGCGCCAAUGUCCCAUCUCACCUCGUUUUUACUUAUUCACGAGCUCACAGCCAUUGUACCUUUGUUUGGAAUAUGGGGUGCGUUUUACUAUUUGGAUUAUGUCCCACUAGGCAUGCCCGAUUGGCUAAUUGAAAACGGCAGUGAGUUCAUUAGGAAAAUGGCCCAACGAAAGAACUGGGAUAUAAUGCUUCAUGCAGAAACAGGUGCCAAAAUUGUUGCUCAGGGGGCCGCAUCCUACGCUAUUGUGAAGGCUGUUUUACCUCUACGUCUCAUUUUCUCCCUGUGGUGCACGCCCUGGGUGGCUCGUCGCGUUGUCGGCCCGAUCCUUGGUGCGUUUAAGCGGGCCAAAAAGACCAGCACAGGGCCCGAUAUAAAGCAGGGAAUACUUCCAGAGACACUAAACAAGAAAAAAAUUGAAAAAAAGCACGACAUGCAGGACCAGCUGUAG